UAGCACCAACCUUGACUUCCAAAUGGAACAGUACAUCUACAAAAGGAAAAGUGAUGGCAUCUACAUCAUAAAUCUGAAGAGAACCUGGGAGAAGCUUCUGUUGGCAGCUCGUGCCAUUGUUGCCAUUGAAAACCCAGCUGAUGUCAGUGUCAUAUCCUCCAGGAAUACUGGCCAGAGAGCUGUGCUGAAGUUUGCUGCUGCCACUGGAGCCACUCCUAUUGCUGGCCGCUUCACUCCUGGAACCUUCACUAACCAGAUCCAGGCAGCCUUCCAGGAGCCAAGGCUUCUGGUGGUUGCUGAUCCCAGGGCCGACCACCAGCUUCUCACAGAGGCCUCUUAUUUUAACCUGCCUACCAUUGCUCUGUGUAACACAGACUCUCCUCUGCGUUAUGUGAACAUUGCCACCCUGUGCAACAAGGAAGCUCACUCAGUAGGUCUGAUGUGGUGGAUGCUUGCCCAGGAAGUUCUGCACAUGCGUGGCACGAUCUCCCAUGAACACCCAUGGGAGGUCAUGCCUGAUCUCUGCUUCUACAGAGAUCCUAAAGAGAUUGAAAAGGAAGAACAGGCAGCAGCUUAG